GUUAUUUCUGUGGCCAAUCAGAGUCCAGGGCUUCCAUAUUGAACCGAUGUUUUGAUCAACAACUCAACACAGUGCCGUUUCUAUCUUUUGUCGAGGAAAGUUAAAUAUGACCACGAAAACUUGAGGAUUUAAGAAAGUUAAAAGUCCCGGAGUUAAAAUCUCGACUGAAGAAACUUGGUUUGGAUAGUAAAGGACUCAAGGUGAGCUGGUAGGUAGACUAUGGUCCGCGGUGGACGGUGGACUCGAGUCAAAACUGAAAAAUGACACUACAACACAUCACGUAACGAUAUCGACACAAGAAGAAACAGUUUAUCGACCGACAGAGUCCCGCAGAGAGGUACACGGAGAGGGCCACACAAACAGAUCCUGACCUGAGUGAACUGACUUUACCUCCAGACCCCCCGGACUCAGGGCAGGGGUCUGGGCAGUGGGACCAAGCGCAGCAAGAAACCACUGGACAACGAAGACUCCACGGUCGAGGAUGGGAGGGUUGUAACAGGAGAUGUAGUGGAGAUGGGAAGGGAAGAGCCUUUUACGAGUUCAAAGAAGAAUAAAAUAUAAAAGAUCCAAGUUACCCCUGGUACCAGUGACAGAAGAGCCUGUGGAAGAAGAUCGAAACAUAGUUUAAAAUUGAUUUAUACACAGUGACCUUCAUUUGAAGUUGACCCUGAUGGGGUUGGUGGUCAUCCACAGUUUUGGAACCGUUUCCCUCUGCUGUGGUCCGGCUGCAGGCUCACCAUGGAGUUCAGCAGAACAGAGUGGGCUUUGAAGUGAAGCUGGAGAGGCCUCCUGACCUCACAACCACAAGUGCAACAUGAUGUUGAACUAGAGUCUUUCGGUCUGAGAGUUGGUUGGUCAGUGGCCAGUGCCACCUUAAUGCUUGGUAAAGACUAUUUAUCAUUUGCUUAUGAUGGGCGUGGCAAAAAGGUUUCUUAUGGAAAAGAAGACAACUAUGGAGAGCCCUUGUCUGUGGGAGAUGUAGUUGGUUGUUAUGCUUCUUUUUCAUUGGGUGGUUCUGUUGAACUCUCCUUUCACAAAAAUGGAUUGUUUUUGGGCGUUGCAUAUUCGUUUGAUGCAUCAGUGCUGCAGGGACAACCUCUGUUCCCACAUGUCCUCUGUAGAAGCUGUUCUAUUCAGUUUCUUCUUGAUCCUAUGGCUGGUGCCUGGUACCCUUAUCCUCCAGGGUUUAUUUCGCUAAUGGCAUUGUCUAAUGAGCAAAAGAUUCGUGCAGUCUCCGCACCUCUGUCUAAAUCACAGUGUGAGGUGAUUGUAAUGGUUGGUUUCCCUGGUUCUGGAAAAACCCACUGGGCCAAGAACCACAUAAAGCAACAUCCAGAAAAGCAUUACAGGCUGUUGAGCACAGAGGAGCUGCUUGCAUGUAUGAUUACAGGUGAACAAAGGGACACCAGUCUUCAGCAAUCUUCCCAGUGCCUUACUGAAUUGAUCAAACUUGCUGCUAAAAGGCCCGGCAACUACAUCCUUGACCAGUGUAACAUACUCUUCUCUGCACGCCAUUACAAGUUGCAGCUGUUUGUGGGCUUCAGACGAAAAGUGAUAGUCAUUUUCCCCUCAAAAGAGGAAUGGAAAAAACGUCUUUCAAACCAACAACUAAAAGAGGGAGAACAAAUCCCUCAAACCGCUUUUCUUAAACUGCAAGUCAGCUGCACUCUUCCAGAGCAAGAUGAUCUCUUAGAAGAACUACACUAUAUGGGGCUAUCACAGCAACAGGCACAAACAAUGUUGCAGGAGUAUAAAGAUGAGGCACACAGACUGUUGCCCCCUGUCCUUAAACACGAUGAACGGAAACAACAGCGUUUCAAGAAAAGGCCAUAUCCUCACUGUCAAACUUCAUCUCAUAAGAACAGAUGCACAAGCCAAAACAGUUGGAACUAUCUGCAUUCAUGGAGCCAGCAACAUCAAUAUUGGCCUGCUUCCUGUCUGCAAGGAUACUACUAUAACAGCAGUUAAGAGGGCUACUGGGGAGAAAUGUAGUUGCUCCAUCUGUCACAACAGUAACAAGCGACACAAGUUUUGGACUUUGAUCUUCAUGUUAAUAGACAAAUCUGUACUUGCUAGAAUCAAUCAGUAUUUUAAACAUUCAAAAACGUUUUUUAAAAUGUUUUAAUGAAAGUUUGGUUUUAUUUUUGCAUUUUAAUAUGACAUAUUUUACAUGGAGUGUAUCUAGACAAAAAAUACAAUUUGUCAAGAUGGCACAAUGUUAUCCAAGAAAUAAAACCAUAUGGGCCUUCAGUUGACUGUA